AUGGAAGAGUCCUCCACGGAGAAGAGAUUGUAUAGUGGGGAUGAUUUUGAACAAAUUGACAAUUCAUUCGAUGAUUUGUUUGAAGUAGUUACUAAAGGGGGGAGAAAGAGAAAGAGGAAGGAUGAAGCAGAAUUAGAUGAAGAUGUUGAUGAAGAUCAAGAUGAAGAACCUACUACUGUCCAACCUUCUAAGAGGAAGAUGAAACUUGAAUAUGAUGUAGCUCCCAUCAAAGCAGCCAACAUUCAUCGUAGGCAACCUCCCCUAUUCUCCAACCAUGUGACCAACCAUACAGCCAUAGUAACAGCUAAACUAGAUGAGAAGACCUACCAGGAGAAUGAGAAGGUGAAUGAUAUGGAUGAUGAUAAUGUAGAUUCAAAUAUUGGAGUCAUUUUGCAGGACAUUGUUGAGAAUAAUAUAGAGAAGAAGGAUUUGAUUGAGAACAUUGUUGAAGAGGAGGACAUUGAGAAGGAUCCGAUUGAGAACAUUAUUGAAGAGGAGGACAUUGAGAAGGAUCCAAUUGAGAAUAUUUUUGAAAAGGAGAACAUUGAGAAGGAUCCGAUUGAGAACAUUGUUGAAGAAGAGGACAUUGAGAAGGAUCCGAUUGAGAACGUUGUCGAAGAGGAGGACAUUGAGAACGUGAAUGAGAAUGAAGAAGUGGAGAAGAAAGAAGAAGUGGAGUACGUUGAGAAGGUGAAUGGGAAUGAAGAAGUGGAGAAGAAAAAAGAAGUGGAGAAGAAAAAAGAAGGAUCCGAUGAAUGA